GCCUCGCGGGCCACUCGGGCUGCUCCGGGCCGCCGCUGUGCGAGGAGCGCAGCACUCGCCGCGAAGGUCUGUGCGGCCGCGGGCGCCGCCGGAGUGCUGGCCAUGAGGACCCUGUGGCUGGCGCUGUGCGCGCUGACGGGGUUGUGGCCCCGGCCCUGGCCGGCUGCACGGAGGCGGGGCGCUGCUGCCCCGGCAGGGACCCCUCCUGCUUCGCCCAAGGCUGGAGGCUAGACAGGGUCUACGGGACAUGCUUCUGCGACCAAGCCUGCCGCCUCAUUGGGGACUGCUGCUUCGACUACGCCAGAGCGUGCCCAGCUCGCCCGUGCAUCGUGGGGGAAUGGAGCCCCUGGAGUGGUUGCGGGGACCAGUGCAAGCCCACAGUGCGCGUGCGGAGGCGCUCGGUGCAGCAGGAGCCCCGGAACGGUGGCGCGCCCUGCCCGCCCUUGGAAGAGAGAGCCGGCUGCCUGCACUACUCCACGCCGCAGGGCCAGGACUGCGGGCACGCCUUCGAGGCACCAUGGCGGCACAGGAGAUGGACAAGGUCCGGAAGCUACAGGACGAGAUCUUGCAUGAAUGA